GUGGGUGAAGAAGAGAAUGUGACAACUGCCGAGUGUGUGUCUACUGCCUUGGGGAGGCCCUGGCACUUGCACCUGUCCCUCUCCGUCUCCGCGGCCAGGCGCAGUUGUCGAACUGGGAGAGCAGAGAGAGCAGAGCGACGCACUGUAUACUUGCCAGGCAGAGCAGAGAGGAGAGCGCGGAUCCUCAGCCUGUACACGGAGGGACACAGAGCCAGGGCAACAUGACUUCAUCCUACAAUCUGGAUUUCCUGCCCGAUAUGAUGGUGGAGAGCCGCUUGCUGGUUCCGGGCGAUAGAAUUAACGGCACGGCCGGGAAGAUGAACGGGGCGUUGGAGCAUUCGGACCAGCCCGACCCAGACGCCAUCAAGAUGUUCGUGGGCCAGAUCCCUCGCUCCUGGUCAGAGAAGGAGCUGAAGGAGCUGUUUGAGCCCUACGGCGCCGUUUAUCAGAUCAACAUCCUCCGAGACCGCAGCCAGAACCCUCCACAGAGCAAAGGGUGCUGUUUUGUCACGUUUUACACACGGAAAGCUGCCCUUGAAGCCCAGAAUGCACUGCAUAACAUAAAGACCUUAACAGGGAUGCACCAUCCCAUUCAGAUGAAGCCUGCAGACAGUGAGAAAUCAAAUGCGGUGGAGGACAGGAAGCUGUUCAUCGGCAUGGUGUCGAAGAAGUGCAAUGAGAACGACAUCCGAGUCAUGUUCUCUGCGUUCGGACAGAUCGAGGAGUGCCGGAUCCUGCGAGGGCCCGAUGGACUCAGCAGAGGCCUCAGCCAGAGGGAAGCCAACGUUAAGGGAUGUGCGUUUAUCACCUUUUCUACAAGGGCUAUGGCACAGAAUGCAAUCAAAGCCAUGCACCAGUCUCAGACUAUGGAGGGCUGCUCGUCUCCCAUCGUGGUGAAGUUUGCCGACACGCAGAAGGACAAGGAGCAGCGGCGCCUGCAGCAGCAGCUGGCUCAGCAGAUGCAGCAGCUCAACAACGCCACCACCUGGGGGAGUCUGACAGGGCUGGGCGGCCUCACCCCGCAGUAUCUGGCUGUAAGAGGACACGCCGCGUCGCCCACCCCUUACUGCAGCCCCGCAGCCAACGCAUCUGUCGCCGCCGCAUUGCUCCAGCAGGCCACCUCCUCCAGUAACCUUGGAGCCUUCAGUGGGAUCCAACAGAUGGCAGGUAUGAGUGCUCUGCAGUUGCAGAACCUGGCCACUUUAGCAGCGGCGGCAGCGGCGGCCCAAAACUCAGCCGGCCCCAACGCAAACCCCCUGUCCUCCAACGUGGCCUCCCUCGGAGCACUGGCCAGCCCAGCCAACUCCUCGGGCAUGAACUCUCUGACCUCUCUGGGCACUCUGCAGGGCCUGGCUGGCGCCACCAUGGGUCUGAACAACAUUAAUGCACUAGCAGGUAGCGUCAACAGUAUGGCGGCCCUGAACGGAGGCCUGGGCGGCGCGGGGCUGACCAACGGCACGGCGGGCACCAUGGACGCGCUCACACAGGCCUACUCAGGGAUCCAGCAGUAUGCAGCCGCAGCCCUGCCCACCCUCUACAGCCAGUCCCUGCUGCAGCAGCAAGGUGCCGCCGGCAGCCAGAAAGAGGGGCCUGAAGGUGCCAACCUGUUCAUCUACCACCUGCCCCAGGAGUUUGGGGACCAGGACAUCCUGCAGAUGUUCAUGCCUUUUGGGAAUGUGGUCUCUGCCAAAGUCUUCAUUGACAAACAGACAAACCUGAGCAAGUGCUUCGGCUUCGUCAGCUAUGACAAUCCCGUGUCGGCGCAGGCAGCCAUCCAGGCCAUGAAUGGCUUCCAGAUCGGCAUGAAGAGGCUGAAGGUGCAGCUCAAGCGCUCCAAGAACGACAGCAAACCAUACUGAUCUUAGCACUAGGGCCUAUCUGCUCCCAUGUUACCACUGCUAGGAACCCAUCUCCAUGCCUGUUAGCUCAUCGUUUGCCUAGCAUGUCUCUGUGGCGUGGCGUCCAAAAACCAAAAAAAAUACAAAAAGUCUCAUCGUCCCGUCAUUGUUUUCUGAUGUCUUUUCUGAGCUCACCUGAUCAUAACCUGGUCUCCGCCUACUGACCUUUUGAACUUAGCGUGACCUUUUUGGACUUUUUUUGCAUGUGACCUCAUUUUGUUCUAUUUUGGGGAGGUGGGGUAAAUGGGUUACAUUGUGCAUGAAGGAGGGAGGGAGGAGGGGGGGGGAGCGAAUCAAUGUGAAGAAGUAUAGCAUCAUUCAUACACAAAGACUGAACUCUUACAGACAAAAACAAAACUUUUCUUUUUAAAAACAGAACAACCCUGUGGCAAAAUUAUUUCCAUUAGGUUUAUUUAGUUAUGUUUAGUUUCCUUCUUUUAUGUUGGGUUUCAUUUUUUGUUCCUUUUUUCAUUUAAAGUAAACUUGAAAGUUCAGCACAGGGAUUGGCAUGCUGUCUUGUUUCUGGCUCCACUGGCAAUAUGAGGCCAGAAGCAGACACUGUCGGUGUCCAUGAAAAAUAGACUACUUCCAAACAGUUCUGAAUAAAAACUGUCUGAUCAAUAUUAGACUCUCUCAGAGCUCUGUAAUUGUUUUUACAUUUUUCAGGCAGUGUAAAGUUUUUUGAUAAGGCCAUUUUAAGUGGCUCUGUUUCUCAUUAAAGUAUAUAUAGAACCACUUUUUUCUAGAGUAGUUUAAGGUAUUACAAAAAUGUCAACAAAAAAAGACUUGCCCUGUUUGGGGGGAGAAAUGCUACCUACGUGUCACCUUUUGCUGAACUGACUCACAGAUAGACAAUCCGUGGUUUAAAUGCACAUGAUAAAGAAAUUACCUAUAUUUUCUACUGUUUAAAUUAUAGAGCAAAAAAAAAGAAGAAAAUGCCUGUAACCCACGUUAACGUUGGUGCUUCUUGUGAGUUUAGUUUUGGUUUCAUUACAAGUCUAACGGUCUUAAGUGUCUCAUGUUUUAAAAGAGAAGACUAAAAAAAAAUCUGUUUACUUGAACAAUAGACAAAGCCUUUCAUAUGAAUACUAUUAUAAUUGUUCAUUUUGUCUUUUUUUUUUUAGCAGUCCCGAUUUGCUAAAUUUCUUGUUGGGUAAUUAGCUAUAUAAAAUUCCUAAAAAAAAAUAUAUAUAUGAAUAUAUAAAUAUAUAUAUAUAACAUGUCGGCUUGUGAAGCAUCAAUGUUAAUAUAAUUUUAUUUCUAUCGUGGGAAACAAUAUUUAGAUGUGUUUUGUUGUUCAUUAUAAUGUAAUUUUCUUUUCUUAUAAAGAAAAAAAGACAAGAUCGGUGGAGUUUAGUGCCAAAACCUGAAGGUACAUCCUGUCUAUAGCGCGUCAGUGUAUUUCUUGUGAAAUGAUUUGAUAACAUGGGUAUUUUAUUAAGUGUUUUGUAUGGAUCCCUCAUAUGUAAAAAUAUAGAUUUAAAAAAAUAGUUUGUUAACUUGCUAUUCUGUGGUCUUGUUGCCUGAAACUGUUAAUGUUUUGCUUUUUUUUUGUAAAGAUGUAAAAAGUGCCCAUGUGUCAUAUAUAUUAUAUAUAUAUAUAUAUAUAUAUAUAUAUAUAUAUAUAUAUAUAUACACACACACACACACACACACCCACUCGCACGUACACACACUCAAGCAGACCUCACAGUUGACUUUACUUUGUUGUUGUGUAUGAGAGCCCCUGAGUGUGCACGCCUCUACAGUCCAGUUUCCAUGUUCCUGCCCACCAGUCUUUACAUUGCUGUUCACACGCUCUCUCUAUCAACACGUCACUCACACACACAGUCCUCACAUGAGCCAUUAUACAGAGCAUUCUUCAAAGCCUUAUCACAAGCCUUUACAUGAACACUCACAUGAACACACAUUCUCGCCAAACACUCUCGCUUCAUCCUUUCGCUUUGACAAAUGUCAAGCCUUAUUUUAAGCUUCGUCUCUCUCAUUAUAACCUAAAUCAAGGACAAGUGUUUAGUUGAAGCUGCUACAGACUGGGAAGGGGCAUCAUUAUUUGCUGGUCAUGUAUGUGUCACCUCAAACAACAUGAAUGCGUUGCUUUCAUAAGGUAAGUGAAGGGCAAGACUUUCCCACACAAGCCUCAAACCCUCCCCAGACCAAGACAAAACAAUGUUGAUAGUACAGAAUGAUUUUCAGCUGUUUGGUUUUGUUGUUUCUUCAGUUGACAGUUUCUUAUGGACAUGUACCAGUAUUGGUAAUUACACCAUUCCUACAGAAAUAUGUUUGCCCUGUUGUAAAUGUUGUGUAAUGUAGUGUAACUGGCCAAAACAGUGUUGAGAUGCCAACGUAUUACGUCAUGAUUCUCAUAGUCAAUCCGUUUACAUGACACAAUGCUGUCUGUCCGUUAGUCUCAGUAUUCUGUAAAACUGCCCCGAUUCCCUUCCCUGGAAACCUAGUUUACGGUCUGCAAAACGCAGCACUAUUUUAUACAAAAACUCACCAGUCGCCUUAACCAGGGAGUGUUGUAUCGAAAGACGUGUCUAAUCGGAUCUAAAAUCUGUAUGUAAGUAGGUGGUGUUUGCCAAGUCUAAGUGUACUGUAUUGUACUGUACCUCCAGCUUCUCCAACUCUGGGUAAGCGUGUCACCAUUUUGUCCCACAACGCAGAGUAGAGAGGCAAAAUGGCCACCUUCUUCUUUAAGUGUGGCUCUCAAACUGACAACCAAGGGAAAAUAAGUUACUGUUAUCUGUUCCAUCGUCUUUUUACGGAAUAACAAGGUUUAUUUGAAAUACCGAGCCAAAUGGAGGAGGGUUUGUAAAGUGCAGACAGGGGAAAUAAAAUGAGAUGAAAGGGUAGCGAUCUUGUUCAGUUCUUAGACAGCAAAACAACCGUCUCGGCCAAGAGGCAGAGCCUUUACCAUGUCAAAGGACCAAGUCAAUGCCAAACUUCAGUUGAGUCCAUAGCAUAUCAAAUUGACAUUUCCUAAAGCAGUAAGCAUGAGUAAUGCCAUACAAACCGCUCUAACUACCUGCAUAAAAGUAAUCAGGAUUGCCAAUAUGUCAUACUCCACAUAUGUCAGUGUUAAUAGAUCAUUUUGUCAUUAACGUGAGCUGAUUGUAGUCUCCUUAUAAGACAGCUGCCCUAUUAGGCCUCAGACCCUUCAGGAAUUCUCUCUGUGAGGAACAUCUUUGCACUCUAAAUACAUUAGGUAACAUAAACAGACAACAGAGUUACAUCAACUCACGGUGCAGCAUAAUGGGUUGCAGGCGUAGAGGCUUGGGUUUUUCUGUUUUGUUUUCGGUUCAUCCCUUAGCCAACUACUUAUACUUUGGGAGAUGUGUGUGUUUUUACAGAACUUAAGCAUCCCCCAAUUCCCAAAUCGCUCGCUCACACACACACACACACACACACACACCACGGGUUGGCACAGUGUAGUCUGAUUGAAGUUGCAGUCUGUUAGAUGUUUAUGAAAAAGCACAAGAGUGUCCUCCGCAGACAGACCGUUAGACAGGAAUGUCUGUUGAGUGCCUCACAUCUCAGGGGCUGUCAUCACCGAUGCUUGUUGUAAUCUUUCAAUCUUGUCACUGUUCUGUUCUCUUUUUAUUUAUUUAUUAUUAUCUAAAGUGCUAUUUAUCAAACAAUGACAUUUUAAAGGAAAAAAACAACUUGUAGUUUCUUUGCAUUUUGGCUUAUUAUGUCUAGUUUUGGGGGGAAAUGUUUGUUUUCUCUCUUUCUGUGCCGUAAAGAGCUUGUUGUCUGUAGAUUAAUAUCAUUUUGUUUGAUUCUAAAGGAUUUCAAUAGUUUUAAGUAUUGUCUUGAGAGAAGCCAAAGUCAGUGCAUUUCAGUGGAUUCUGUAAGCGUAUUGUAUGUUUGUUUGACAACACUUCGAAAUCUGUCAUUGGAUGGGAUUGAAAAAGUACAAAAAAAUGCAGGCUUUCCUAUUUCUACAAAUGAUUGUACUUAUGCAUUUUGUACCAGUGAAACUUUUUAUACUGGAGAUUAAAGGAAACAAAAAAAAAACUAUUAGAAAACAAACCUGUCUGGCCUCAUGAUGUGGCCUGACCUUUGUUGACUGGUUCCCGAGUAUGAUUUAUAGCUGGCAUCAAGAACGUUGUCUUUUAAUAUACCAUUUUCUAGAAGAACUUUGGCUUGGUUUCUUUAAUUAAUUAACUUCUUAUUUUUCCGUACUUCAGUGUUGUUCUUUUCGCAAAGAGGAGUUAGGCGAGUGUUGAUUUCUUUUUGGCUUAUAAAUAGUUAUAGCCGUUUGUCUAUACAAAAAAACCCGGUAAGUUUCAUUUAACUUCUGUAUUGUGACGUCUACAUGAUAAGACAAUUAGGAAUAUAAAUAUUUAGUCACCUUCAGUGGAUUAAUGUAUUAGUUUAAUUAAAAAAAGAUGCUAAUUAGAGGUUUUUGCUUUUAACUGUUUAGAUUUUUCUGGUUUCUCUGUCCCCUGUGAACUAACUGUGUAGCUGAAGCAGUCAGAAUUAUUUUUGUAAACGUAUGUUCUUGUGUGAUGCAGUUACUUGCUUCUGUCUCCGAUAUUAAACCAUUUUUCCUAA